AUGGAGACACCAAAAGCCCACUUACUCAAGGCCGAUCUUCCAGGGUUGGAGAAAGAGGAAGUGAAGGUUGAAGUUGAAGAUGGAAGAAUGGUUCAUAUAAGCGGAGAGAGGAAUUUGGAGAAUGAAGACAAGAACGACACAUGGCAUAGGCUGGAGCGCAGCAAUGGCAAGUUUUUGAGGAGUCUCAGGCUGCCAGAGAAUGCAAAGAUGAAUGAGAUCAAAGCUGUAAUGGAGAAUGGAGUUCUCACCGUAACUAUCCCUAAAGAAGAAGUGAAGAAGCCUGAUGUCAGGACUGUUGAGAUUUCUAGCUAAUUACCAUCCUCUGCAUCUUCGAUGGAGAGUGGAGUAGUCUUUUUGCUUGUUCUGUUGGUUUGCAGUUUGGUGUUUUUAUUUUUGUUUUUUUUCUUAUGCUUCGAGUGUGAAAGUAUUUGGUGCCUUAUUUGAUAGGUGUGGAAAAGAUGAUCAUGCAAGUUUACGUUUGAAUGCUUGUUUCAAUCUUUCAUUAUUUUUCAA